AUGAUAAAUUUUAAGCCGCCGGAGGUGCGGGCGGCGUCGUCGAAAACGCCGUCGGCAGGAUCAAGUUCAAGUUCGAGCUCGAUCGUGGCUGCAGAGAAAGCGUUCUCAUUUAUAUCCAAAGGCUGGCGCGAGGUUCGCUCAUCAGCCGACGCCGAUCUCCAACUGCUCAAGAACCGCGCCAACUCGUUCAAAAACCUAGCCGAUAGAGAAUUCGAGAAUUUCCUCAACUCCGCUUCGAAAUCACCCUUCAGCGUUCCUACAAUUACAGCCUCUGCUACUCUUAAUCCCCCUCCACCAGCGGAAAUUGACUUCGUUAGAAAGCUUCAACCGAAAUUGUCGGAAUUUCGUAGGGCGUAUUCCAGUCCCAACUUCAAGUUGUACCCGCGGCCGCAGAUAAAGAUCAAUUUAUCUGCCAUCAAGAAUGCAAUUGUUGCCGAGGUCGAGGAGGAUGAGGAGGAGAAUGAUAGGGUGAGUUUCAGGAGUUGGAGGGUGAGAUAUAAGGAGCGGGAAAGAGAGGAAGGACAAUUUGGUGAAUUUUGGGAGCCGAUAAGAGCGUUCAAGUCCAGGCUUAGGGAAUUAGAGCACAAAAGCUCCAGUGAGUUUUUCGAGGGGAUUAAGAACAGUGAAUUUGUGGAGAAAUUCAAGUCAAGUCUGAAAUCAAUUUACAGGGAUCCAAAUGAUUCAAAGGAAGUUCCACCCUUUGAUGUGCCAGAACUAUUGGCAUGUUUAGUUAGGCAAUCUAGCCCUUUUCUGGAUCAACUUGGCAUUGACAAAGGCAUAUCAGACAAGAUUGUGGAAAGCUUGUGCAGUAAACGCAAGAAUCAACUUCUGCGUUCCUUACCUGCAGGAGAGUCUUCUAUUGUUGAAAGUGAGAACAUCAGUGAUCAGUUAGAUUUAAGGAUAGCCAGUGUUCUCCAAAGUACUGGGCACUGUUAUGAAGGCGGUUUUUGGAGCGACGUCGCUAAACAUGACGUGUCAGAAAAAAAGAGGCACGUGGCUAUCGUUACCACUGCCAGUCUUCCUUGGAUGACAGGAACAGCUGUAAAUCCACUUUUCCGAGCAGCAUAUUUAGCAAAUUCUGCUAAGCAGAAUGUCACGCUUUUGGUUCCAUGGCUUUGUAGAUCAGAUCAAGAGCUUGUUUAUCCCAAUAAUCUAACUUUUAGCUCACCAGAAGAACAGGAAUCUUAUAUACGUAGUUGGCUUGAGGAAAGAGUUGGUUUUAAGUCUGACUUCAAGAUAUCAUUUUACCCGGGAAAGUUCUCGAAAGGAAGGCGAAGUAUUAUACCAGCUGGAGACACUACUAAGUUUAUUCCAUCAAAGGAUGCUGACAUUGCAAUCCUAGAAGAACCAGAACAUUUAAACUGGUACCAUCAUGGUAAACGCUGGACUGAUAAAUUCAACCAUGUCGUGGGUAUUGUUCACACGAAUUACUUGGAAUACAUCAAGAGGGAAAAGAAUGGGGCUCUUCAAGCUUUUCUUGUGAAACAUAUAAACAAUUUGGUUGCAAGAGCACACUGUGACAAGAUCCUCCGCCUUUCUGCUGCUACACAGAACCUACCCAAGUCCGAGAUUUGUAAUGUUCAUGGUGUAAAUCCUAAGUUCUUAAAGAUUGGAGAGAAAGUAGCAGCAGAUAAGGAGCGUGGGCAGCUUGCUUUUUCCAAAGGAGCGUAUUUCUUAGGCAAGAUGGUUUGGGCAAAAGGGUAUAGAGAAUUAAUAGACUUGUUAGCAAAGCGCAAAAAUGACCUUGAUGGCUUCAACUUGGAUGUGUAUGGUAAUGGAGAGGACGCUCAUGAUGUUCAGAGCACUGCAAAAGGGUUGAAUCUGAACCUGCAAUUUAUGAAAGGCAGAGACCAUGCAGAUGAUUCUCUUCACGGUUACAAAAUCUUCAUAAAUCCCAGUGUCAGUGAUGUGCUCUGCACUGCUACUGCCGAGGCCCUUGCAAUGGGAAAAUUUGUUGUCUGUGCCGACCACCCAUCGAAUGAGUUCUUCAGGGCAUUCCCCAAUUGUUUGACUUACAAAACACCGGAAGACUUCGUAGAAAAAGUAAAGCAAGCAAUGGCAAAUGAACCUCAGCCACUUACCCCCCAACAAAGAUACAACCUUUCAUGGGAAGCGGCCACCCAGAGAUUUAUGGAGUACUCAGAGCUUGACAAGGUUUUGAAUAACACGGGUCUUGGAGAUUCAGGUAGAAGCUGCAAAAUGGCUAUCACAAAAUCUGUUUCAAUGCCCGACCUGACAAAAAUGGUCGAUGGAGGAUUGGCAUUUGCACAUUACUGUUUCACUGGUAAUGAGUUCCUUAGGUUGUGUACUGGGGCAAUACCUAGAACAAGGGACUACGAUAGGCAGCAUAGCAAAGAUCUUCAUCUCCUGCCUCCACAGGUGGAGAACCCUAUAUAUGGCUGGUAG